AUGGUAUCAAAGCCAGCCUUAGAAGAUUCAAGUGCUGGAGAUACAAAUACUGAUCAAAACCAAAAUCAAAGCCAAAAUCCAAAUGCUAAUCAAUCUGGCAAUUCAUCAAACUCUAUAAACCUUGAUCCUACUCAGCCUAAUAGCCCAUAUUUCAUUGGAAGCAAUGACAAUACUGGAGCCUUGCUCGUAACUCACACCUUGGAUGCUAACAAUUAUCAUUCACGGGCGAGAUCAAUGAAAAGAACAUUGAGAAUCAAAAAUAGAUUGGGAUUCAUUGAUGGAUGCUUAACUGAACCAGCAAACCCGAAUAACCUACUCAUGGAAUACUGGUUGCGUUGUAAUGACAUAGUUAUUACCUGGAUACAGAACACAAUGGCAGUUGACAUCAAAUGUAGUACCACAUAUGCUGAAACGGCGCAUCAACUAUGGAUUGAGCUGGAGCAACGUUUUGCUCAACAAAAUGCACCUCGAAUCUUUGAAAUCAAACAAGCCAUAAGUAUGCUGUUGCAAAACCAAGAUCCUAUAAGUGUUUAUUUCUCCAAAUUCAAAACACUUCUAGAUAAACUCAUGAACUAUGAAGCUGUACCUAACUAUAAUUGUGGAGGUUUGAAGACAGUCAUUCAAAAUCAACAAAGGGACUGGGUAAUGAAAUUUUUAAUGGGUUUGAGUGAUUCAUAUAAAGGAAUUAAGGCACAAAUCCUGUUGAUCAAACCAUUUCCCAGUUUAAAUGAAGUUUACUCGAUAAUACAACAGGAAGAGAAAAGAAGGGAGAUAUCAACUGAAGGAUACUUACAUGAAUCUAUGACUCUUCUUGCAAAGGGAAAUUUCAAAGAAAAGGGAAGGCAAAACACUUAUUCGCAGAAGAAAGAUAGAUACUACUGCACUUUUUGUAAAAUUGGAGGACACUCACUUGAUAGAUGCUUCAAGGCAAACCCAGACAGACCAAUUUGUGCCCACUGUCAGAUUCCUGGCCAUCAAGUGGACAAAUGUUACAAAGUUCAUGGCUAUCUUCCAGGCCACAAAUUCAGUGGAAAGGAAAAGGCAUCAGCAAAUCAAGCUAUGGCAUCUUUAUCUCCUGCACAAGGGGUUGGAAAUAGCAAAUCCAGGUGUUCUUGUUUCAUAAAGUGGACAGUAGAUUAA